AUGAGCAGUGCAGGCAGUCCGAAAGAACAAGAGGUAACGCAACCAAAAGGUGCACCUGUCAGUGGUAGAACGUGGAAAAGUGACAAAGGACAGUUCCGAGUAAAGAGCAGGGUGGUAAAGAAUAAGAAACUAACAUCAUGGGAAAUUAGACAACAAAAAAGACUAGAUGAUCAACAAUUCAAGGAAAGGAUGAAACAACUUAAAGACGAAAAGGAAGAUAUACGUCAAAAUAGGAUAAAAGCUAUGAAAGAAAGAAGAGAAAAGAAGGCGGAAAACGAGAGAUAUGAGCUUCUGGCUGCCAAGAUGCAUGCUAAAAAGGUUGAAAGAAUGAGAAGAAGAGAGAAAAGAAACAAGGCGCUCAAAGAACGCUGA